ACGUUACUUAUAACAAUCUAACGGCUGCGCUGGGCGGAAUCGGUUGUUUUAUUUCAUUUAAGUAAUAAGUCAUUUAGUAAAUAAGUGAUUAUAAUGGCAUCUAACAAAGAAAAUGAUAAGAGAUUCAUACUUAAAUCGAAAAUCCCAUUACCUGUGAAUCCAUUGCCGGGAAUAGAUUAUAAGAAGAUACUAAUAAAAAAAAAUUCGAAAAAUGAAAGGCGUCCAUUAAAAACUCUGCAAGCCCAGGCAUCAAAUGUACCAAACCAAAAUAUUAAGAGAGAAUAUGCUAACAAGCCAGUGCAAAAGAAAUAUACAUUGAGAAAAUCAAGAAGUUUAACACUCAUUUCAAGUCACGCCACAGUAGGCGUUAAACAAGAAAAAUUAGAUUGCGAUUAUAACGUUUUUAAAGAUGACCUAAACCAUAGUGAUAUUUAUAUACGCGCUGAUGACGUCGAUGAGGCAGCAAGUAUCAGCGACAACACAAUAUAUUAUAGUAAAAAAGACUUAAGAAAAUGUUUCGUAAAGACUAGUACGCCUGCCAUACCCAGUCUUUUUGGAUCUAGUCAGACAAAAAACAUUAAGAAAAGUCCAAAACUACCCCACAGCAGAGAAUUAUUAGGUAGUUUGCAAAGAUUAAACUUCAAAGAGCGUUCAUCUGAGUUUGGGAAAUCUUCUUAUCUUUCAAUAAGCACAUACAAAGAUUCUUUUCCACGAGAAUAUGAAAGUGAUAUAUUUACUUAUCUGAUUACUAAAGAAAAGAAGUGGCCUAAACACGUAACGACACCAAAUGCUACUAGAGCGUGUCUAUUGAAUUGGUUGUUAAAAAUCAAUGGUGCUGGUGGUAAUCCAGCAACAAUUCAAACAGCAAUUUGGUAUUUCGAUUCAGUAUUAGCACUUGCCCAAGUGUCUAGUAAUUACAUACAGGUAUAUGCAACUGCCUGUUUUUGGAUAGCCCAAAAAAUACAUGGCCCAGUAACAACUUCUCAUGAGUUGGUGAAAUGUUUGGAUCAUGCAGUUACCACCAAAUAUCUUCUUAAAGCUGAAAAAUUAAUUCUAAAACACUUGAAAAUGCCUUCUCAACCGGUGCUACCUCAAGAAUUUAUAACCUAUCUUUCAUUGUGGUGCAGUGGUAAUGAUCCUGACAUUGAAUUGGCGGCGACAUUCAUAUGUAUGUGUGGGAUGAUACUAGAUAUGGGGUUGUUAGAUGAAUACCCCUCUGUGAUUGGCGCUGCGGCAGUACGAAAUGCCGUAAUUUUGCUAAGGAAAAGAGAUCUAUUGAUUACACUGGAAACAUGUCCAGAGUUUGAAGAAAUAGAAAAGAAGUCAAAUUUUUACAACGUCUGCGCAAUUCAGAGGAAAGCUGUCCUUUUGCUGGCAUCAGAUAAUUACAAGGAACCAUUGGAAGUGUAUAACAACAGUUCACAAAACAUACCAUUAAAAAUACUAUUGGAAGUAGAAUACUUAUCCAUGGUUGAGAAAAGAACCAAAAAAAUAGACUUUAUCCCAAAAAGUAACAAAAUAUUUGAAUUGUGAUAUCAUAUUAGUUGUGUAAGUAUAUAUUUUUUAAUAAAGUUCAAUCUUAAAAGUUUGUCAAUUAAAUAAGUUACUUGUAUUUAUACCGUGCUUUUAAAAUGUCUCAGACGGUUAAAAAUCAAAGUUGUGUUGGGAUAGAUUUUUAUUUUUUAUUUUUUGUAAUUGUUGGGAUUGUUUGUUUGUUCUAUUUAAUAAAUUAAUUAAUUAUAA